CUCCAGAGAAUCCCAGCCAGAGGAAUCUGGCUAUAAAGAGAGAGAAAAUCUCAUCAUGCAAGUGGUCCCAGUUUUCUUGGUUUGCUUGUCUCUCUUUUUGUUUUGUGGAUCAGAGAGUGUAGCAUCUAAUGCAGAAGGAAACCAGUUUCAGCAGGUCGAGCCUGCCCAGCCAGAUGAGCAAGACACACACCUUAUAGGAGAAUGCUUGAGCAACAAAUACACACACAAGUCCUGUGAGAAAGUUUUUUGUCACCCGUGGGAACGCUGUGUGGAUGGGAAGUGCCUUUGUAAGCUUCCCUACCAGUGCCCAAAGAAUGGCUCUGCUGUUUGUUCUGCCCAUGGAAAAUACUUCCAUACUUACUGUCACCUGAAGAGCUACGAGUGCCAACGUCCCGAAGCAAAGUUCCUGCACAAGGGAAAAUGCAUGCCUGAAGAAACAUUUUCAAUCUCUGUGGGCCAUGGAGGUUCAAAUUUGCUUGGAGUAAAACCUGUGAAUCAGAAGAAUGACAUUUUUGUAUGUGCUAACGAGUGGACGAUGAAUGAAGCAAAUGUGGCUUGCAGGCACCUUGGCUUUGAAUUGGGUGCUGAAUAUUACCAAGCAGAUUACAGCAUCACAGAAUCUGCCUUAAAUUCAUUGCACUGUCUGCAAAUAACUUGCAGGGGCUUAGAGACAAGUCUUGCUGAAUGUCACAUAGAGGUGAAAUCAAGAGAUAGGAAUGAGGGAUUUGUUAGCCUCCAGUGCCAUGAAAAUCUCAGAGCUUGUUCAGAGAGGGAGUUUCAGUGUGUCAACCAGAAGUGCAUUUCCCUGAGUAAAACCUGUGAUGGAAUCAAUGACUGUGGAGACCUAAGUGAUGAGCUGUGCUGUAGAGAGUGCAGAGGCAACAGUUUCCACUGCAGGUCAGAUAUCUGUAUCCCACACCAGAGUGUCUGUAAUAAAGAAAUCGACUGCCUCACAGGAGAAGAUGAAGCUGGAGUUCACUGUGCAGGCAAAGACAAAGGUGCUGCAAAUGACAGUAUGGAUGAAGAAAGAAAAAUGAUAAAGACAUUUCUGCCUCAACUACACUGUGGUCUUAAGAACCACACAUUAAUUCGACGGAAAAGAAUCGUAGGUGGACAGACUGCAAAAAAGGGUGAAUUCCCUUGGCAAGUGGCAAUUAAAGACACUGGCAGUGAAGGUGCAACAGUGUACUGUGGAGGGGUUUACAUUGGUGGCUGCUGGGUCCUGACUGCUGCACACUGUGUCAGGGCAAAUCGAGUUCACCUGUACCGUGUCUGGAUUGGGCUGCUGGAUACAAUAAUGUACAACAGAGAGACAGAGACUUUCAGGCUAAACCAAGUGAUAAUCCAUGAGAAUUUUAAUACCUCAACUUAUGAAAAUGACAUUGCUCUGCUGGAGCUGAAAGGGUUUGAGAAAGGAGAUUGCUCCCUGAUACAAAGCUCUCCUGCCUGUGUACCCUGGUCAGAGUAUAUGUUCAAGGCUGGUGACAGAUGCAAGGUUUCUGGCUGGGGACUAGAGAAAGGUUAUACCAAACAAUAUAUCCUCAAGUGGGGCAAUGUUAAUUUAUUUCAGAAUUGUUCUGAAUUGUAUCCGGGACGAUUUUUUAAAAAAAUGGCAUGUGCAGGUACUUAUGAUGGCUCCAUCGACAGCUGCAAAGGUGACUCAGGAGGCCCCUUGGUUUGUUUUGAUGCAGAAAACGUGGCCUAUGUCUGGGGCAUUGUGAGCUGGGGUGAGAACUGUGGGGAAGCUGGGCACCCUGGUGUCUAUACCCAAGUGGCCAGCUAUUAUGACUGGAUUAGCCACCAUGUGACAAGGAGCCUCAUUGCUCAGUAUAAUAUCUAGAAUUCAGAAAAUUAAACACUUCUUCCCAUCACCCAUUAUCCCAUCACCAUGAGAAAAAUGAACACAAGUUCUUCUUUUCCAACCAGCAGCCAUGUAGCUUAGCAGCUGUCAGUACAAUUUUUAAAGAUUUUUUUUUUUUUUUUUUAAUUUUAACACUUCCAUGAAUACCA